AAAAACAAUAAUUUCAAACAAUUUAGUUUAACAUAUUAAAAUAUAUUUAUACUAAAAUUUUUGACAAUUUAUUAAUUUUUUAUUUAAAAUAAAAAUUUCUUCUAUAGCCUACUUGCUAUGCUGACUCCCGCCUCGAUAUAGUAAGCCUUGACUCACCUAUUUGAAAACAACCGUUGUCAUCCAGUAAACUUCAAUCAUGAUUAACUCGAGUAUUGCUUCUGAUUGUUUCUCGAAUAUGGCUUUAGCAGAAUAUAGAGAGAAAUCAUUCAUUGAGUGGCCAUUUAAGGAUGGAAAAUGUACAGCUAAACAGAUGGCAAAGGCUGGUUUUUAUGUAACUAAAACAGAUCAACAAGCUGUUACAUGCUAUUUUUGUUUCAAGGAAUUAGAAGGAUGGGAAAAAAACGAUGAUCCUUUCAACGAGCACAAAAAACAUGCUCCAUAUUGUGAAUUUGUUAAUAUGUUUGAGAAAGCACCUGACACUAUUACAUUCGCUCAACUUUUGAAAUUAGAAAGAGCUAGACGAAAAAGAGCUUGGGUUUGUAUAGAUUUGAUCAUUUUCUUACUAAAAAUUUUAAUUUUACAUUGUUUUAAUAAACUUUUUAUUUUAUUUUUUCAGGAGCUUCAAAUUGACAAAAUAUAUGACAGCACCCAACAAAUAAUACAGAAAUCACUAUCAAAAAACACUAUCAAAAGACGGUACAAAAAACGAAAGUGAAAUAAUUUUUAUUACUAUUGGACAGAAUUUCACAGUUCAAUUCAUUACUUCUGUAGAAUAGCAUGAUCUCAUCAAGAUUUUUUUGUUAUUUAAAAGAGAGAGAUUAUGAAAAAAUUGUAUACUUUAAAUUUAUUACUUUUAUGUAGCAUAAAUGUGUAUAGUUUAAGUUUUAAGUAACUAAUUAUAGAAUAUUUCAUCUUCUUGGAAGUUAUGUUACAGAUUUUUAUAAUAAAUUAAAUAUUAUGUUAUUAUUUAGUGGUUUAGUUUUCAAGAACUGAGUAAUUGAUUUUGUUUCCUCUUAAUAUAUUAAAAUUUAUCUGUAUUAUAUUUUUAUAUAUAUUGAAAUGUAGACUGCAAGGUAUAAGACAAAAAUAAUACCAAUAAAAAUAAGAAACCAACAAGAUACUCAAUAACUAGCUAGAGGUAGAA